GAUGGGGAGGCAGCGAAGAAGAAGAGGAGCGAGGGCUGAUGAUGUGUAUGAGAAUGAAUCUGAGGAAAAUAAUUGGUGUUUUCUGGUUUAGUCUGGUUUAAAUUGGUCGGCGUGCGUGUGUUAAUUUUUCCGGGUGGGGUGCUUGUGUGGUUUUCCCGGAGUAAUUAGAGGGAAUAAACAUCUCUGAAGUGAGGAAGUGGGAUGUGGCCCGGUGUUGUAUCUUCGCCUGCGAUGUGACACAAUCACAACGCCUUGUGUGUGUGUGUGUGUGUGUGUGUGUGUGGCGGGUGGCACGCACGCGCUGACUCUCUACCAUAGUAUAUAUAAAGGCUCGCGCGAUGGCAUCCGCGUCAUGCGGUGGCGGCUGGUUCGGAUUCACGUCGCGCUGGAGGAGACUGCGGAACGCGCCGUCGUAAUAAUAAUGUUUGUGCCUUCGUGACACCGCGUCGGAUUUUUACGAUGGACUCGUCGGUAACGCUGGGCAGGCUGGAGCUGGCGCGCGCCGCCGCCACCACCACCACCACCGCCGUCAGCACUGGCACGCGCCUCAACGGACCGGGCGCGAAGGAAAGGAGCGCGCAGCAGCAGCAGCAGCACGCCGUGCCGCGCGCGGGACCUCUCGGCUGCGUGCCGCUCACGCACCAGGUCGCGGGACACAAGUACGGCGUGGACAAAGCAGGUAUACUGCAGCACCCCGAUGGCACGGUACUAAAGCAGCUUCAGCCUCCGCCCAGAGGACCCAGGGAGAUGCAGUUCUACAGCAUGGUUUACUCUAAGGAUUGCUGUGACCCCUGCUUACUCGAGCUGCGGCAGCAUCUUCCGAAGUUCUACAGCACCUGGUCUUCUCCUGACAGCCCCACAGAGCUGUAUCUGAAGCUAGAGGACGUCACACGCCGCUUCCAGAAGCCCUGCAUCAUGGACGUGAAGAUCGGUCAGCGCAGUUACGACCCUUUUGCCUCACAGGAAAAGCGUGAGCAACAGAUCAGGAAGUACCCCUUGAUGGAGGAGAUUGGCUUCCUGGUUCUUGGGAUGAGGGUGUACAACGUGGGCUUGGACAGCUUUGACACAUAUGACCAGCAUUACGGAAGAGGACUCGUCGAGGAUACAAUCAAAGACGGACUGUGUAAAUUCUUCAACAACGGCGACCUCCUCCGCCAAGAUGUUAUCGCCGCAAGCAUCGCCAAGGUCCAGAGCAUCCUUCGCUGGUUCGAGAACCAGAGCCAGUUGAACUUUUAUGCCAGCUCUCUCCUCUUCGUCUACGAGGGGCUUCCGUCUGCGCCGGAGAAGAAAUCCGGCACCCGGAGCCUGCAGAAGAACGAAGGCGUUCUGGAGUACAACAACAACAUCGAACAGAGCCUCUCCAGCAUCUACUCCCUGCACCAGAAGGGCUGCAUGCAGAGCCAGCAGGACAACAGCGCAUGGCACGGCCACACGCAGCCGGACACUGGUGGGCACGAGACGCGGGAGAUGCCCGACGUGGAGGUCCGAAUGAUCGACUUUGCCCACGUCUUCCCCAGCACGGCCCACGACCACGGCUACAUCUACGGCCUGAGGAACCUGCUCAAGGUGCUGCAACAGAUAAUGGAUGACUAAAAAAAAUUUAAAAUGAAAAUGUUUCUUUUAUGGUUCUUCUGCCAUAGUGUUCUUCUCAUCUCAUCAGAGAGGAAAAGUUGUAGCUACUCUCAUUCCUCUCUCCUGUGUUCAGAAUCUGCACUACCUGGACUAUAAUGAAGUGUCCCAUCUUAAAACCUUAGUCUUAUAGUUGGUCUACGUUCACCUCAUCUUUUUCUUUAUAUAUAUAUAUAUAUAUAUAUAUAUAAACUGUUUUACUCAGGUAAAUCGAUUCCGUUUGUCAUUAAUAGUGUUUAUCUCAGCAAUGGCAGAAAUGAAAUUCUCUUAAAAAAACACACCGUCUUAAACAUCUUGGCAUAUAAGCUGUUAUUUUCCAAGAUGAGUUAAAGAAGAUAUAUACAUACACACACAUUUUUUUUUUUUACGUUGUUUUUAUAUUGUUUUUAUGUAGGCGUAGCGUUGCUGCACAAGGCUGUGGUUGGAAAGACUUCGGGGGUUUUCACACAUUUCUGACCUUUUUACACCAAACUGAAAUUCUCAAAACUUCCUGGGCGCUCGUCCCUGUGACAUCACAUGCCUUAAGUCACAGACAAAAUGGUACGAUGUUACGAUCUCGACGUAUCCACCUACGACUUCACUACAGACAGUGCCAAACUCAUGCUGAACCGUCACAAACUUGCUACGAAAUUGCACUCUUUGCUAGGGAUCAGAAUCACCAGGGCCCGUCCGAUUUGAUAUCACGAUACCUACCGUAUGUGCUGAACCAGUUUGUAUUGCGAUUCUGGAAGUAUCCCGAUAAAUUUUUUUUUUUUUAUUAUCAAUUAUCCUGAUAUCAGAUUUUGUUGCAAUUUUUAACAGCAAUCUGGAUACCCGUGUGUUUUGGAUACCUGUCUCACCAUGUGCAGUAAAGCUGUGCGAUUAAAUCAUUUAUUCAUACAGUUUACUUGAAUUUUGUCCAUCGAAUCAUUUAAGUGAAUCGCUGGGCCAGUUUUUACUCAUCCUAAUUCGACUGACAAUUUUUAUAGCGAACAAACCAUUUAGAUUUUCUUGCAAAACUUUCCUUCUGUAGGAUUAUUGCGUCUUCUUUAUCAUAUGCAGUUGGUGCAACACCGCCACCUACUGGACUUGGAGUGUGGAGAAGAUGAUUGGCAGGAAAGCAAGAUUAUUGCUUUGAGAGACAGAUGAUUUUUAAACAAUCAAUCAACAACAAAGUAACAGUUUUUCUUCAGUUCCUGUUAAAUACGUUUUAGUUUUUUAAUUCUUCAAAAUCUGUAAGAAACCCAGCUGCUUGAGACAAAUUGGAUGAUAAUCGUUAGCGCUAUGGAAUCGAAUUGAAAAUCGGCGUGGCCCAAAAUCUAACUGAACCGACAAUCUAGCCAUGAUUCACAGUCUAAUACACAGUGUAGUAUCUAUUAAAGCAUUAGAUUUACUAGUUUAAUGCUAGUUUAAUGCAAAGUGUCGCAUCAAGUAUUGACAACUCAAAGCCAUCUACAUCGAAAAACAAUCAAUGUGAUCAUUUCCAAGAGACACGAACCACAUACAAACUGCUGCAAUCCAGCUUCAGGUAACUUUUUUUAUUUAUUUCAAACAGGGUUGAACUACUUCAUAAUAAACUCUUUUUAAUACAGCAUAAGUCUCCUACGAUUUUGAAAUCGCACUGAUUAAAGCUCACAUGUGGUAAUGUGAGAAAGCCCCCACGGAUUUGGAGUACGUAGUUGUUCAUUUCUUUAACCGCCGCUGCCAAGAUGUUCCCUGCGCCCCCUGGUUGCGAUUUUUGACUAUCCUACAUAAAUCCCCUCCCCUGUGUAAAUACGGUAUUAUAUUUCCUGUGAUUGAAUCAUGCAAUAUGCUGACCUGAUAAUAGAGAGGCUUGGAUCAUUAUUGACGGUUUAAAAAACGCUCAAGUGUAUCGAUGAGCUGUGAGUUCUGCCUGUCGUCGAUGAGAAAAGAAAAGAAAAAACAACAUACAAGCUUAAGUUCUUACCCUUUUCUGGUUAUCUUUAAGUCAUGCAUUAUUAAUGCUGUAUCAAUUGAAAGUGUUUUAAAUUUAACACUUUUCUGAGUGAAUGAAGCUUUACUGUGCAGACGUAAGUAUUGAUUCGAGUUCAGGAAGCUUAACCAGUAUAGGCAUUUACAUUAUAAAAUAUUUAGUCAAAUGAAAGAGGAGGGUGAACAAGAAAAUAAAUAAAAAUAAUAAUCACUGGAAAAAAAAGAGGAAAAAUUAUUAAUGUUAAAGUUAAGAAACGGGAUUUCUGAUUUUUCUCAGUCAUUUGGAUUGUAUUUAUGUUAAAUUCUGUUGCAGAUUUUAAAAAAAAUCUUUUAUUUUAAACUUUAGGGCAUUGCAGAUUUAUUAGAGUCUCAUAGGUGCAUAAUCACUGUAUACACUGACAUACUGAUGUAAUCAGUGAAAUGUAUUACUCAUCUCAAAGCUGAUAAGUUUCUUGCUUUAUUUGCUGUUUACUGUGUUUUUUUUCCCCCAGCAUAAUGCAUUUCAUGUCUUGGUUGAAAAAUAUGUUGUUGCAAUGUUGUUGGUCUUAUGUCGUUGUUUUAUGCUGAAUGACUGCCACUUGCGCUCGACUUGCCUGAAACGUACUCACCUGAUUUAACAUUCCUGUUGAAUAACGGAGCACUUUCUGCUUGUCCCCCCCCAAAGAACAACGUUAGGCUCUGAAGGAAAAAGCAAAAUUGGAAUUGCAUGUCUUUGGGCAAAGUCAAAACUACCUGUGUGUCUGAUUCCUUGGCUCUUGUCUCACUCUCAGGAAUGAAUUAGUGUUACGAGGACUUCAAAGUAGUUAAGACAUCCGUAUGCAAGGACUCGAAGAAAAAAGGCCUCGGGCCAGUUCAAGCUAGGUGCGUUUCUGUUCUGUGGCAUGCGCUGUUAAAUCGAGGAUUUUGUUUGCAUUUCUUUUGUUUUUAGCCCUGCUAUUAAAUUUGCAGCAUUUCUUUUUCAUUCAUGCACUGAAGCAAGUGGAAAUACUGUACGAUGUAUACAUCAGCCUUUCUGCUGUGAACUAAUCCAUUCGUCUCUCAUUAGUUUUAAUUCUUAUUCGUAUUUCUUAUUAUACAGUAUAUACAUAUUUUAAACAGUUGCACCUGACAGAUUUGCGCUGGUGCUUAAAGCACUUUAAUGACUCGAUUGACUGGAUUUUGCCUAUGGAGCUAGUUUAAAUAAACUAACUGUAAAGGUGUUUUACAUGGCUCCAGAUUAUUAGAAGAAUAAGAUUAGAAGAAUCUUAACCACUUUGUAACUGGUUUUUAUUCUCAUUAUUAUUUUUUUUCCUGUGGCAAAUAAAUACUUUUUUUUCUUUUUUUUACCCCACUUUUUUACAUUCUCAAAUAAAUAAAUCAGGGUAAAUUUGAUUUAUUUUACGAGGACAAUGUUAAGUAUAAUUAAUAUAUAUCUUUGUUGUCCUGAGAUAUGCAGGCUCAUUUGUACCCCAUGAAGCAGGAGGGUUGGCUCAAUAAACUGAUGACUAUCUUUAAAUGGUUUCCCAAAUGCUGUAAAAUUCUGCAAUUCAGAAUGCAGAAACACAUCUGAAUAUUGAUCUGUUUUAAAAUGAAGUUCUGGAAGAAAAAGGAUCUAUUCUGGAAUGGCCUCAUGUGAAUCCUGUCCUAAUAGAAUUACCUGUUUUUUUUGUAAUAUAGAUGUAUAACAUGUAAUAAUCAGACUGGUAUAUUAGGUGUAUAUUUGGCAAAUCUAGCAUUAUUAAUAAAAAUCGCUCUUAAUAACA